UACGUAGCCCUAUAGCGUCACAGGUCAGAGCGGAGCGGAAGUUGUUGGCUGCUCCUGCUCCUGCAGCCGAAACAGUCCGCUUUUAGCAGGCUAACACGCAUCCCAACGUGUCCUGGCUCUUUGUCACUGGAAAAGAAAAAUAUGGAAACGCUCGAAAUGUGCGAAAGAAGAAGACGACACGUCCAGGGAAAUGAUUGUCACCGGCACCGCCUCUGAAGAAGCGGAUAAGCUAGCGUAAAGAAACCCGGAAGUGUUGUUGAAGCUCCCAGCAGCCACGGACACAAUGAGUGCCAAAUAUGGCCUGGUGAGCUACAACAGUUCCCGGAAGCACAUUUCGAUCUCCAUCCCGUCGUCCACGGAGGUGAUGUCGCCCCACAUCAAGUCUGUGGAGGAGCUGAGGGUCCUGGGAAUCAACCUGAGCAGCUUCAGUCCCCCCACGCAGUUCAUGAUCUGUGUGGCCGGAGUCUUCGUCUUUUACCUCAUCUAUGGAUACCUGCAGGAGUUGAUAUUUUCCGUGGAAGGAUUCAAGCCUUUUGGUUGGUACCUCACUCUGGUCCAGUUCGGCUUCUACUCCAUGUUUGGACUCGUGGAGCUUCAGCUCACGCAGGACAAACGCAGAAGGAUACCGGGGAAGACCUAUAUGAUCAUAGCAUUUCUAACAGUGGGCACUAUGGGCCUGUCCAACACCUCCCUAGGCUACUUGAACUACCCUACACAGGUCAUCUUUAAAUGCUGUAAACUCAUCCCUGUCAUGAUCGGAGGAGUGUUUAUACAAGGUAAACGCUAUAAUGUGGCUGAUGUGUCUGCUGCUCUCUGCAUGAGUCUGGGGCUCAUAUGGUUCACGUUGGCAGACAGCAAAGUGGCCCCCAGCUUCAACGCCACAGGUGUUCUCCUCAUCUCCCUGGCACUGUGUGCAGACGCCGCCAUCGGAAACGUGCAGGAGAAAGCCAUGAAACUCCACAACGGCUCCAACUCUGAAAUGGUGCUGUACUCGUACUCCAUCGGCUUUGUCUACAUCCUGACGGGCCUGCUCUGUGUAGGUGGACUCGGUCCAGCGGCGGCAUUCUGCUCAGAACAUCCCGUGAAGACGUACGGUUAUGCAUUCUUCUUCUCCCUCACGGGUUAUUUUGGCAUCUCCUUUGUGCUCGCCUUGAUCAAGCUCUUUGGCGCCCUGGUUGCAGUCACAGUGACCACCGGGAGAAAGGCCAUGACUAUCGUACUUUCCUUCAUGUUCUUCGCAAAACCUUUCACUUUUCAGUACAUCUGGGGCGGCCUUCUGGUGCUCUUCGGCAUCUUCUUGAAUGUUUACAGUAAAAACAGAGAGAAGAUGAAUCUCCCCUCCAUCAACGACCUUCGGGGCUGGCUGCUGACUGGAAAGAAAGUCCGAUUUCUCUCCCAAAACGUAUAGGAGGCACCCACGGGCGUAGCGGAGGUCCUGCGCUGGCAGACCGUCUUGUCUGUACAGAUGUAGAGUUGGCCCGCCCGUCUCAGCGUGCAGAAGCACGCGUCUGAGCAGGCGAGCCACAUCAACAUUGAGCCAAGGAUGGGAAUACAAGGUGUGGCCAGCAAUCAGCCUGGAAAAACUGCUGACACACAAUUAAACUAGGCCGGGUGACUGAGCCGCUGUAUCUCAUCUCUAUGUACCACUACACCACUGGUGUAGAACCGCCUGAAACUACUCAAACUCUCUGCAGCAAACUGAAGGAACGGGCUAUUUUUGUAACAAGGGGAUCAAUGCUAGUGGGCUCUGUUUAAAGCAAUGCUUCAGAGCCCCCCGCACACAAACAUUCCCAACAUGGAGGACGACACUGAGGACUUUUCUAGAGGGAAGCCGGCGCCUUAGUUAACCAAAUGGCAGAGUUUUGCACUGGAAACGACUUCUUCAUGUAAAUGAGUGGUUUGAGGAAUGUUGGAAGGAAAGAAUGCAGAGCGACAUGCUGUCCUGUCAUGACUGAAGUGAAAGUGACAUAUUGAUUAAUAAAAAGGCAUAUUUGCCCCCCCCCCAUGUUUUCAUAGUUUAUCGGUAAUUUAUAUCUGGUUGUUCCCUUAAUUCGUGAAAAAUGUGUGAUCAUGUGGUUACAUUUUGGGGAAUAUGGAGACAUUUGCUCCAGUGUACAUCAAAGAAAUUGCCCUAAUUUGCUAGCCAUGUGUUUGGGUGAAAGGGUACUACUCUUUUUUUCACAUUAAAAAUAAAAAAACUGAAACAA